AGAAGUCAACCUCUCCUGGUUAUCCUCUUUAUCAUCAAUCUUACAAGUCUCUUCUCCUCCAUUCAUCUGGUCUUCUCAUUUCGAAUAUCCUCCGUCAGAUCCUUUAUACUACAGCUUUCACUAUGGCAGAAGAGUCUACCCUUCAACUCGAAUAUCGUGGCCGUGUAGCCGUUUUGACCAUUUGUAAUGAACGAAAACUCAACGCCUUCAACUCAGCACAAUACUAUGAUCUCGCUCAGAAGAUGCGAGAGAUUGCUACUCAUGACGAGGUUUUCACUACAGUGAUUUUGGCAAAGGGUCGAUACUUUUCAGCAGGAGCUGACGUGGGAGUCUCUCGAGAGAUAGCCGGAGACGGGAAAGCAGUCCAUAAGCAAGUCUUACAGGGCUUUGUCGCUCAAAACCUGAACAUCACCCAUGCCUUUGCAACUCAUCCCAAGGUUCUCGUCGUUGGCCUCAAUGGUCCUGUUGUAGGCCUUACAGCUGCGCUCAUCGCAUUUGCUGACUUUAUUUACUGCGCGCCGUCGACUUUCCUCCUCACACCUUUCUCAUCCAUUGGUCUUGUUGCUGAGGGUGGUGCAUCACGAGCACUGGCACUACGUCUCGGACCUGCACGAGCGAACGAAGCAUUGCUCAUGAGUCGCCGAAUUGGAUCUCAGGACCUUGAGCGCUGUGGAUUUAUCAAUGCCAUCUUUGACGAGGGCGAUGAUGUCAAGUUCAGGGCUAGAGUGUUGCAAGAGGUUGACGAGAGGCUGGGAGACCAUCUUAUUGGGGAUAGCUUGAUCGGAAUUAAGAGGCUGAUCAGGAAGCCCGAGCUGGAUAUCCUGCAUACACAGAAUGUCCAUGAGGUUUUUGCUGGGCUGGAGAGAUUCAUGACGGGUGUACCUCAGGAGGAGUUUGCAAAGCUUGCGAGCGGUGCGAAGCGACAUAAGCUGUGAUGAUUUACAGUUAUAUCAUCUAUACCAGAGAAGAAAAUAUGAAGCAAUAAGACUCUACUCG